AGCUGUGGGACGUCUGUUGAUGCCGCUGCGCUCGAUCUCGAUCUCGAGGUGGCCGUUGUUGUUUAUUCGUAAAUAUUCGUCAACGGGUGCCAAACCGAACAGUGCGCAACCCAACGGGAACUUCUCGUCGCUCGUCGGUCGGAAACUCGGUUCGAAAAUUCAUCGCGUGCGGCCGCGCGGACAGGUUGUGUGCAAAGCGAACGGAACCGGGCUUCGGUCGGUGCUCGGUCGCAGGUUGCAUAAGACUUUCCAGCCUCAGCUGGUGCAUACGCCGCAGUUCCUGCUCGUGAUUGUGUGGCUCGGUGGAAAAGCACUAUGCGUCUGUAACGCAGCGUCCAGUGUCCAUAACGAGACCGUGCGAACAGAAAGUGCGCUGCGGUGUGCAACGUGUGCACACUGGAAUUGAGCUUCGUGUCCGGGUGUCCGAGUGUGCGUGUGUGUCAGUGUUUUCGUACAACAUGUCGUCGAAUCCGUGCAAACACGGUGACCGAGAGAAGGAUCAGAAUAAUAAUUUCGUCAACGCGACCGCCCACGGCGGGGCGGGAAUCGAUCGCGAAGCCCGGGCCCGUCGCAUCGCGUCCCGAUCGGCGAGGGAUGAUCUCCAGAUGUUUCGCGGGACGCGCAAUCAGCACCACUACCAGCAGCAGCAUCCACAGCAGCAGUCACCAGCAUCAGGUGGCGGAGGUGGAGGCCGUGCUGACCGGGACACGACGCCCGGCAAUGGGUGUGGUAAUGGGGGCGGGCCACAAAUGACCGCUAAAACUAUGUGGGGCAAUGUCAGUGCCAUCAAGGAGCUGCGCGACCAGGAGCAAAGCGAUCGACAGCUCGGCACUCGUGCCACGGGGCGCCGACAGUGAGCAAGCACCUAUGUGGAGUAUGCACCAAAAUGCUCGUGUAUGUGUGUGUACGCAAUUUUGUCUUAUGUUAACGCCUUUCCUCGAACAACAUCGUCCAUUAAGAACAUUUAGCUCGUAUGUUUUUUUGGAGUCCUCCUCCUCCUAGCAGCUUCCCCAGACUUCGUCACAUUGUGCUGUGAAUAGCUAAUUUUACAAUAAACAAACGACUCCCUUCGAUUGUCCACCCGGACACAACCGACCGGACUACCCGAAGGCACCACAAAGUCUAAUUCUUUCUGCUCCUGUGUGAUAUAUUGGAUACGUGUAUUAGAUAAACAAGAAAUAG